AUGCAGGUAGUUAUCCUGCAGCUGCUAGAAACGGCCCAUCUCUUCGCGGUGUCGGCUGUUCUAUGGCAGAUGACGAUCGUAGCAAUGGAUGACCCAUCCACGCUCCUUAUCCUAUCAAAUGCAGAAGUCGCACUCAUGCUCCUCACAAUAUGGAUGGAGUUUGUCUCUCAGGCAAGUGCAACCCACGUCGUCAUUGUGGCUCUCACUCACACACCACAGACAUUUUUCCUUUAUCGCUUAUGGUUGAUUUCUUCUGCCAAAAUUCCGACUCUGUUCGGUGUAGUAUUGUCAAUUCUUUCCCAGGUCACAGGAUACCUAUCUAUGGCGAAGUUCUUUACGGUCCGGGAGGUGCUGCAGUAUGAGGCCGAAACACGGACUACGCUCAUUCUUACAUUUACAACGAAAGUCGCGUGCGAUGUAUGGAUUGCCUCAUGCAUUGCGAUAUACCUUUGGAGCAAGCGUCGAUCGUCUGGCUUCUCAAAGACUCGUAGAAGCCUCGAUACACUCAUCCUCUGGUCGGUCGAGACGGGGAUGUGCACUAGCGUUAUUGGUCUACUCGUACUUGCUUUGUUCUUGUCAGAAGGCACCACAAGUAUAUGGAUUGGGGUGUUCCUAGUCUCCGGAUCGAUAUAUGCCAACACGAUAAUGGCAGCGUGA